AUGUCGGACGAGGAGGAGGACAUCGGUCUCUCCAUGACCAUCAACGACGAGCUCCGCCUAUGCGGGAUGACCGGAGACGACGAGGACGAUGUCGUUGGGGAUGCCGAGGAGCUCUUCGGCCGUCGUGCUGCCGAGGAGCUCAACGGCGGCACUGCUGGUAACCCACUUCCCGUCGACGACGGUGAUGGCCCCAACGCCGUCCAGGGCGACGCUCAAGCUCAAGCCGCUGGUGAUGACGGCUCAAGCAGCAAGCCUAAUCGCCCUUCUACCUCGGAGUAUGCACCUUUCUUCGUUUUGUUACAUGCAAAGAAGUUCUUCUAG